UCACUCUCUCUCGCUCGCUCGCUCUCUCUCUCUCUCUGUUUGGUCGCUCGCUCGGCGCGUAAAUCAGCGCCUCGGAGCUUUGAGUGUAAUUUUAAUUCGAAUCAAUUUGUUUGUCGCCGCCGCGGCCGGCGCACAGUGGGUCUCCAUCGCUGCCAUCGCCGGGUCUCUCUCUCUCUGCAUUUUGCAUUCUGCAUUCUGCGGCCAAGACGAAGUUCGAGUCGCACAUCCUUUUUGGCCGUAUCUGUUGUUGUUUUUGUUGCUGUGUCGUGUUUGGUUAACGUGUGAUGCAACAGUUGCGCCUCCAGCCGCCCCACAGUUAGCCGCAUUUGGCACACAACCGUCCGCACAACGCCCGCCCCCUCCCCGCCUCACAUCAAGCCAAACCACCGUACCGUUCCGCGAAUGGAUCAUCUGCUCAAGCAGCUGGCAGCUGCUGCGCAGGCGCACACACAAGCCCCGCUGCUGGGCGGCUUGCCAGGCUUCGGUGCCGGCGUCCAUCCAACCGCAACGCAUCCACAUGCCGCAUCUGCGCUGCAGCUCUAUGCGGCCGCAGCCGGCUGGGCGCCAUUUCUGGGCCUGAAUCCGCUAAGCGGAGCCAAUUCCAGUUCCAGCUAUCGCCAUGGAGCGGCGCCUGGCGCCUCCGGCAACGCCUCCGUGCACAUGCUGCGUCACAUGGCGCUGCUGCAGCGCGCCAAUGCGGCUGCCGUUGCGGCCAAUGCAGCGAGUAAGCUGCAGCAGCUUAAGGAGCAGCACGAGGACCAGGACGAAGAGUUGGAGGUGGAGGUGGAGGCACUGGAGCCAGCAUCACGUAAAAUGCUGCAAACGGAGGCGCUUGAGGUCUCCUCGGCCUCCGUUUCCGCCUCGGCCUCGGCGUCAGCGUCAGCGUCCGCCCACGAUGAUGAGACGGCCAGCGAGAGCAGCGCCGCAGCCGCCGCCAAUCGUCGACGCAGCCGCACCAAUUUCAACACCUGGCAACUGGAGGAGCUCGAGCGCGCCUUUCUCAGCAGCCACUAUCCGGAUGUGUUUAUGCGCGAGGCGCUGGCCAUGCGUCUGGACCUGAAGGAGGGCCGCAUAGCGGUUUGGUUCCAGAAUCGGCGGGCUAAGUGGCGCAAGAAGGAGCACACGAAGAAGGGACCGGGUCGGCCGGCGCACAAUGCACAGCCGCAGAGCUGCAGCGGUGCUCCGAUACCGUUGCCGGAGCUUCGUGCGAGGGAACGCGCACAGCGCAGCAAGCGCAUCGCCAAGGCGAUCGAGCGGCAGGCGCGCAAGCUGCGGCUCAAGGGACUCGACGUGAAUGUGGAGCAGCUGCGCGCCGACUAUCUGGCCGCGCACCGGAACGACAUCGACCACGAGCACGACGAGCUGGAGCAGUACGAGCAGGAUGAGCCGCCCAUCGAUGUGGUCGGAGUCUGCAGCGACAGCCUGGACAACUCGCAAAGCUUGACGAACCAAAGAAGCUGUCCGGAGGACAGCUGCGACGGCAGCGCUGUGAUAAAACUGGAGCCACUGGAGCCACUGGAGCCGACUAAUCUGCCCCCGCUGCCCGCAGAGCCGACGCAGCCGCCGCCGCCGCCGCUGGCGCAGCACAAGCCCCAGCACAAUUCGUGCUUCAGCAUCGAAUCGCUGCUCGGCACAUAACACCCAUCCAGAAGCAAUACAACAACUAUACAAAUUAUUUAUUUUUUUAAUAAUAUAUUCUUUUUUUUUUGUAAUCUAGUAAUACCCACUAAGUGUGCAGGGUAUGCUCAAGUUGUGCAAAUAUAUGUGAAAGGCUAAA